GCCAACUACACAAUAUGAGAUCUGACAAGAACGCCAGAUCCGACAACAACCUCAACAACGGCUGAUUGGACACCACCAAAUUGUUUUUUCAUCCCCAACAACAACUGAUUCGAUACCAACAACAACAACAGCUGAUUUGACACCACCACCAACAGCGAUGUAACAAUCAACACAAUUAUCUGAAAGUUUUGAUUCUGUUUGGAUUUAAAAGAACGAACACAUUCGGCAUUUAACAUCUGACAGACUACAGAAUUAAAUGUUAUGGUAAUUAGAAUUACUUCUUCAGAAUUUAAUUCUAUUAUCUCCUCCACUGAGAAAACCAGAACCAUUAACAUUUAUAUCUAUAGCAUAGGCUGUUACUUUGAAUGAUAAUGUAGUGUAGAUGAUUAUAAUGGAAAUUAUGGUUCUUAUUAAAUGAUCUAUACAAAAUUGGAUAAAGAUCUGCGGUCUAAUUAUAACUAUCUUGAAAUCAUGUUCGUAAUGAAUGAUUAUAAUUACUAGUAAUAGACUUUAUCGAAUUUCCAUACGAUUUACAAGUGGAUUACAAUUAUUAAGUAGCCCAGUAAGCACGACAGUCAAUGAAUAAUUUAAAUAAUCAAUGGAAACAUAAGACAGUCGACGAAUAACUUAAAUAAUCAAAGGAAAUAUAAGUAUUAUUCAUAAUUAACGUCGGUAAUCAUUAAUUAUGAAACAAAUGCUAUUUCUGAUUAUGAUUCAUCCAAAAGCUUGUUGUUACGUGUAUUAGUAAUUUUAAUAAAAGUUAAAUAAAUCAUUCAUUCCAGUCUUACGAAUGAUCGAUUACCAAUUAUAACAAUGAUUACUGAUUUAUUCCAGGAACGAUUAAUUUAUAAAUGUUUAGAGAUUGCCGAAUAUAAUCACUCAGUAACGAUUAAUUCGUUAAUGAUUACAAUUAUCAUUACAAAAGCAGUCAGAAAAUAAGCUACUACUGGCUAACUUUGAGUUGGGUAAGUCAGCUCGACUUUUAUCUCGAGCAACUUUGAACGUCAGGCAAACUACCCUCAAGAUCAAAAUGUCAUGAGGAUCCUAGGUAGGAGAACUUUCGUAGAAGUGAGCCACGUGUGGGAGAUCGCGGUAGGUAGGUAGAAAAGGAGUUCGGUUCUUGGAGAGCAAGAGAAAGGACAAGGUGAUAGAGAAAGAGGGAAAGCGGGAAGGAAGCAAAGAAGGAGCAAAUGUAUAUAAGCGAGUCGCAUGGAAGACGCUCCAAUGGACUCUCUCUUUGACCCUAGUGAAGUGUGCACCUUUCUUUCCGUUUUUUCUUCUUUCUCCUUCCUCUUCGAGGUUCCCUCUAUACGAUUCUCGCGCGGCAUCCUUGUGCUUCAACCUUCAACCUGCCGUGAAAACGCGACAGCUUCCGUUCAGCGGCUCGCUAUUCGACCGAUUCGACGCUAUCAAAAUGGAACGUUGAAUUCGCAUUGGCGAUUGCUUUGGCUGCUCCUUUUAACCCUCUUUGUUUUCAUUGAGCUCGACGAACCGCGAUAUCGUGAACUUUGCAUAUAGUUCUCUGGAUCGGACGAAAGUGUGAUUCCCGCUCGAACGUUGUUUUUGUGAUAUGUUCCUGAAGGAAAGUACCUGAUAAACACGGAUAAAGAUGGAUGUGCCUCGAAUUUUCUUAGCAUUCCUACUACUGGUCCUCGUAUGCGGAACAUCCUCGACCUUGAAAAAUGAUCGAGGAGGGUCGUCCUUCAGCGGCCGAGGACCCGUCAGACUGAGUCGAAGGAUCGCGUUAAACGAAUAUCUCGUCCCGCCACCACCACCAAGACAGCAUCCGUUUCGAUCGGGAAGGCUAGCCAAUCCUCAACCAGCGGAACCUCCCGGCUAUUUUUCGAAAUUCAUGAAUUGGUUGAGUCCGUUCGGUUUCGGCUCUCCUGGAUCAAUGCCGUUGAAACCACCCCCGUACCACGAACCCUCUUUCCCUCCGCCACCUCAAGGUCACGCUACGCCGUUUAAUUUACACGCUGGAGCCUCGCAUCCGCCUCCGCCGCCGCAUCCUCCGGCUGGACCACCGUCCGACUUACCCCUGUACCCACCUCUUAAUCCACCACCCGGUCAUCCUGGCCCGGCCUUCACGCCUCCUCUGAACACACAUCCCGUUCUGCCUCUGAGUUCUCCUCCUGGUCAGCCUGCACCACUCUACAAGCCUCCUCCGGCCGCCUUACACGAGCCGAAACAUUAUCUUCCUCCUCAACAACCGAAAGGGAAGUCCUGCAACCCUUGCAACAAGGUUCCCUGGAUACCGAUGCAGGGUAGCGAGCAUCAACCGAACCAAUACCCGCCCGCGCCGCAACCCUCGAACGGUUAUCUUCCUCCCAGCAACCAUGGAAGUCACGACGCUCAGUACGCUGCUUCUCACGACAUCAGGGUCCCGGACUUCCCUCGCGUGCAGGCCCAACAAAACGGGCAAGCAGGCGCGAUAGCUCCGGUUCAGAAUCCGCUGUUGCAGCCUAAUCCGGUGCCACCGCUUUACAGCGCGGAACAUUUCGGCCAACCCUCGCGGAAUCCUCCGACCGAAGGCUUCGGCCUUGAACCGCCGCCCAUACCAUCGUCGGUCCUCGAAGGACAUUUCAGCGACAUCGGGAACCACGAUCAGACAUCCAGCGGGACGCAAAUAAAUCAAGACCGAGCGAACGUCGUGCCGCAGAGCCACGGGGCAGGGAUCGAUAACGGAUUAAACGAACACGCAGCAUCGUUCGGCGCGUCUGACCUCGACAAUCAGUCCGUAAUCUAUGGGACACCCGUGGAUCAGGGGUACCCCGAACCGCUGAACCACGGAGCUUCGAUCCAAGAUAACCCGGUCGCGAGCUUCGGGUCGUCCGACCUUGGUCACGAAGAGGAUCAUGGAUUCGCUAGUCAGAACGGGGAUGUCUAUCGAGAAUCAUUCGAACCGAACCCGGGUCACGAUGCUGGCGCGCAUUAUUUGGGCCCGGACUUGGGCCCAACUAGCUUCGACGGCGCUCGUUUUGGCAACCAGGCUGCCGGGAACUUGAAUUAUCAAUACUCGGACGAUUUGUCGCCCAGCAGUAGCGUGGUCAAAGACACCCGCGCGGACGCGACCACGAAGAACGAGUCGAUAUACGUCGAGCAGUCGCCGUUGCUGGACUUGACGAAGGAAAGCGAGAAUCGCGGCGAAGCGCAGUGGCAAUCGCAAAUAACCACCGACGGAAAUGCUCUGGAACCAACAACCACUUACCAUUUCGACGCUAUCAACACGUUCCUCGACAACUCGUCGAGCUUCGGUGGUCUGACAGAUUCUUACGGUUCGUCGAAUCAUCAGGAUGUCGACGUUUACGGACAGUCGACGCCGUCGACGCUCGGUCUCUCUGAGAACAACGAGGGACGUUACACGGAGACGGCGACCGUUGGUUCACAGUUUACGAAUCAGCAAGACGUUUUGCACGCAGCGACGUCCGGCCAAUCGGGAUACGUCUGGACCAGUUUGUUGUUGGACAAUCCGGAUUCGAAGAACGAGUCGCAGAGGCAUAAAGAAGCUCCGAAUUUCGAACAGCAGGCUAGGCCGGAUUCGAGGGAUACGAACGAAACGGGCCAGAAACAGCAGAAUACGAAACGGAAUAAACAAGUGCAAGUCAUAAUACCGUACACGUCAGAUUACACGCCAAUACCAUUCCAACAAUCUUCCGGAGAUUGGAGCGUGAAAAAUAAUCGUGAAAGGACACAACCGAGGAAAAUUCCACUGUCCAGUGAUCCGAAUAUUAAUGAUUAUGCCCAACAAGAAUCGAGAAACGAUAUUCGACUGAUCAAUCAAUUACAAGCGCAAUUCAACCUGAACGAUUCAUACAAAACGAACAUAAGAAUGUCCCAAGCGAGGCUCAACGAUACAAGAACCAUCAAAGCAAACAGUUCUAUCGAUGUUCGGAGGUUACAGAAGAAUAUUGACAACUGGACGAUACAAGAAUACUCGAAACCAACACCGUCCAGUACUAUUGUACCAAGUUCUUCACAUCCUUAUCUUCUGCCAUCUAAGAAAAUUCCGACAGAGUACUUAACAACAACCGAACCCGGCGACCAGACGAAUGAAUCGAAAGACAGCAGGGAGAGCGUGAAGUCGUAUUCUUUAGCUGGCUUUAGCUUCAACGAAGUGGAUCACGAAGGUUCAUCCAGCAAUCAUAUCGAAACAGUUCAAUCGCCAGUGCAAGUCGUGCGAGUAGAAACAUCGAAAUCGUCGUCCGGUGACUCUGAAAGUACAAAUAAAGCUACAACGGAACGAGAUCAAAGUUGGGGAGGAUAUUCUGUGACGAUAUCGCCGGUGAACAAAGAAAAAAUUUACGUGGUGACGCCGCAGUCGGUCCCAGCGACGUCUCCUAAGACGAGUUUCGAGAAACAGAAAAGGGAGAACUUGCAGAAAACGAAUCAAUUGAACGAGAGUAAUUCGAAAAACAGUAACGACAGCACGGAUGGAUUCGAUGCGAUCGAGAAAGCUUACCAGGUGCUUCCACAAGCGGUGAAUAAUUUAGCGGUCGCGUCCACUGGGAAGGAAGAGAUUCCUUUAUGGGGAAUCAUGGAGCACGAAGAAUUUGCUACCCUGAAUUUAGAAGGAAACGAUGAUGAAGCGGCUGAUGAUGUCGUGGACGGACCGGUGCUUUAUACCGGACACUCGAAGGUUUCGCGCGCUAAGCGAUGAUAAGAGGAUACUGUCGCGAAUAUGUGAGAGUUAGGAACAAUACUAAAUAACUGCCAAUAAUUAGUGAAUUUCUAACUUUACAAAACACAUGUAUUCCUGUUACUUUAAUGAUAACUACACCGUAAUAUACAAACGAAAUCAUUUUCGACGGUCGAGUGUAAGCAUGGAACUUUGCAAUGGCCAGUGAGUAUUUAUACUUUCUAUACGUUUAAGUCGUUUGUAAAAUAAUAGAUAAUUUUGUAAAAAGACUCGAACAAUGUUAAGUCUUCGAUAAAAAAAGUAAGUACUUCAAUUGAUUUUUCUAUAAGAACGAUCAUUCUAUAAUCACGGAAUACUGCACGAACAUUAAGUAUGACAAUACCUUUACAUUUAUGCAGACAGUAUUUUUAACAUUGGUGCUUUGUAAAUAUAUAUAUAUACAUAUAUACGUAAACAUACAUUAUAUGACGAUUAAGAUACGAUUAGUACGAUAAGCGUGAAUUAAUCGUAAGCGUAACUAUUAGUGCACUGGAGUGUAAAUUUUCUAGUUAAUAUUGUAUUAUAUUAAAAAGUUUAUUGGCAACUGUUUGUUCGCGUUAUAAAAUGUUAAAUCAACCAUAUGGUAUUAAUUACAAAACUUAUUACAAAUUCUGAUAUGAACACGAUUCGUGAAUUUAGAAAUACGAUAUGUGUGCGUGUGAAUAUUUAACAUUCAAUAACACCGAUAGAUUUUAGCAACGAAUGAUAAUUAUUAAUUUGUCUGUUUGUCCAAGAGAGUUUCUCCCAGCGACUUUCCUUCGCUUUGCUAUAUUUUCUCCAAAAAAGAAAAAAAACGGAAACAAAACCUUACAGCUUUUCCUUAUCCUCACUUUCGAUGGUUUCACGUAAUUGGUAACCGGCCAAACGGCUUCGGCAAUUUGUAUUCAGACGUCGGCGUCGCUGCACAUUCAUACGUAUAGAGCAUGCCGAAAGAUUGACAAUGUUUCUGACUUUCCCGAUUAUACGGUGAAAGGAGAUCAUAUUCCGGUUCACGUUGUCCCAUCGAUUGAAAAGUGCAGACACUUUACCAUAACUUCGUGACUGAAAUUUAAGAAGAUGCUACUCUCUAAUUUCCUUACAAUUUAAAGCGUCGCAAAGGCACCGUAGAAACAGGAACAAAGUUAACUUUGACAUUUAAGAUAAACGAGCCCAUGAGAGAAUCACUCGUUGAGUUGAAGAAGGAUUAUAUUGGCCGUGAUUCUAUUAUGAUUCUAUUAAAGAAGAUAUUCUAUUGA